UUGCAAAACAACAUUGAACCUGCGAGAGCUCUGAUCAAACAUUAGCUUAAGUAGGUCACCUCGUCGUCGCUGGCCUUGAGCAGAAGAUCAGAGAGAGCAGGAACGAUAAACAGAGAGCAAUCCGGCGCUUCUUACACGAUGAAAGAUGAUUACGAGGUUGAUGAGAAGAAACAAGCUGCAGCUGAUGUAUUGUUUAGUUAUUCCAAGUUUGCUAUGGCCUGCAUCGGUAACCAGACUCGUCCUUCCGACAUGAGGUUGCAUCUCAUGAAGGAGAUCUCGGGACUGCCAACGUCUCUGAAGAGAAGAGAAGCUUCUAGAGCUGCAACCUCUCCUGAUCCACUCGGCGAAUCCUCCAGCUCUGGUACCGCCAGGCUUGAUAAAGUUGAUAGUUUCAGAGCUCUUUGAUUUUCUUUUUUCUUUUUCUUCUUUUAAUAGUUCCAGGCUUGUUUUUUUUUUGCCCCCUUUUGAUAGUGUUAUUACUCUAAUGUAAUUCCCAUUGUGUGACUGAGAAAUAAAAUCUUAUGCUUCUACUACUUUGAAAUAUAUAUAUAACCUUUUCAGACA